UGCGCAACGACCGUAUGACGUAUCACGUUCGGGGGCUAACCACUCUUGCGUUACGGAAAUAGAAUGACGUGCUUAUUGUUAUUCCUACAUUUGACCAGGAACAGAUGCAACAGCAGUUCGGCGGAAAGGUUGCUGUACAGAUGAGGAGGGCUCGCCUGGUUGACCCGGUGUGUCACCCUCUCCGUUGCCAUGGCAACGCCCUAUUUCCCCACAUUCCUGCUCCUCCUCUUCCUGUCCUCCUUCGCCCUCUUGCUCCUGAUCCUCCUGCCCCCCGUCGCCCCGUCGAACCCCUCCUCCGGCUCCCCUCCUCCCUCGCCCUGGCGGUCGCUCCCCUGCGGCCUGGGUCAGUCCUGGGCCGUCCGGCUCCACUCGGGCCCCCGUCGUGAGGGAGAAGAUGGCGGACAGAGCUCUGUGCACCUGGACGUGAUAGCCAACAGGGUUGCAGAGAAGGCUGGGCUGAAGAACCACGGCCAGAUCGGACAGCUAGAAGGUCACUACCUGCUGUGCUCUGCCACGCCCGGAUCCGCGGCCGGCAUUUGGAGCAGGAGUUCCCGGCCCGGUGACGUCCUGGCGGCCCACCCUCACGUCCUGUGGCACUCCCAGGAGAGAGUGCUGAGCCGCUCCAAGAGAUCGAUGGCCUUCAACGAUCCCAACUACCCCAAACAGUGGCACCUGCACAAUCACCUCAAUAAGGGAAUGGACAUCAACGUAACCGGGCUGUGGGAGCGCAACAUCACUGGCCGAGGAGUCACGGUGGUGGUGGUAGAUGACGGGGUGGAGCACACCCACAAGGACAUCCACCCCAACUAUAGUGCAGAGGGCAGUUACGACCUGAACUCCAAUGACCCGGACCCCAUGCCUCACCCGGACGUCCACAGCGACAACCACCACGGGACGCGGUGUGCCGGAGAGAUCGCAGCCGUUCCCAACAACAGCUUCUGUGCCGUGGGGGUGGCCUACGGCAGCAAGGUGGCAGGCAUCAGAGUGCUGGACGGCCCGUUGACAGACAGCCUGGAGGCCAUCGCCUUCAACAAGCACUACCAGGUCAACGACAUCUACAGCUGCAGUUGGGGUCCAGAUGAUGACGGACACACCGUGGAUGGACCCCAUCCCCUGGGCAAGGCGGCGCUGCAGCACGGGGUGAUCGCAGGCAGACAAGGCUUCGGCAGCAUCUUUGUGGUCGCCAGCGGCAACGGAGGUCAAUACAACGACAACUGCAACUACGACGGCUACGCCAACUCCAUCUACACCAUCACAAUCGGAGCGGUUGAUGAGCAAGGCAGGAUGCCCUUCUAUGCUGAACAGUGUGCGUCCAUGCUGGCUGUCACUUUCAGCAGCGGGGGAAGCACGCUGAGGAGCAUUGUGACGUCGGACUGGUCCAUGCAGAGGGGCACCGGCUGUACCGAGGGCCACACCGGCACGUCCGCCGCGGCCCCGCUGGCGGCGGGCAUGGUGGCCCUCAUGCUGCAGGUCCGUCCCUGUCUCAGCUGGAGGGACGUCCAGCACAUCAUCACCUUCACGGCCACCAAGUGUGACAGCAGUGCCGACUGGAGGGUGAACGGUGCCGGUUUCCACCACAGCCACCAGCACGGCUUCGGCGUGCUCAACGCAUGGAGACUCGUCAACGCCGCCAAGGUGUGGGAGUCGGUGCCGUUUCUCGUGUCCUAUCAGAGUUCAGUGAUAAAGGAGGAAGCGCCCGUUCCCAAUUAUCCGGACGAGCUGGUCCGAACCUGGAAAGUCUCUGCCGACGACCUCAGACAAUCUGGAAUGGAGACACUGGAGCACGCCGCCGUCACCGUGACGAUCACCCACCCUUGCCGCGGCAGCGUGCAGAUUGUGCUGGUCUGCCCCGGCGGGAUGACAUCGGUCAUCGGGGCGCGUCGCGCCAUCGACAGAGACCCGUCGGGCUACCAGGACUGGACCUUCUCCACCGUGCGCUGCUGGGGAGAGAGGGCAGAAGGCCAGUACACCCUCAAGAUGACCGACGACAAAGAGUCGACACUCGCGCAGUGUGCCGCAACGGGGGUGUUGAAGCAGUGGCAGCUGACCCUGUACGGCUCCUCCAUGACCGCCAGCGAGGUCCAGGACAGGCGGAGGCUGGUGGAGGAGGCUAUGAGCGGCAGGUACCUGGACAGCAGCUUCUCUCUGCCCUGCCCCCCAGGCCUGGACAUCCCUCCAGAGAUCGUCCGCCCCUUCACCUCCAACAACCUCAAGUUCCUGCUGUUGCUGGGCUGCUUUGCUCUUUUCUGGUCCCUGUACUACACACUGGAGGUCACACUGGCCCACCUGGACCUCAGGGGCCUCCUCUGCCUGCGCAGGAGACGGGGAGGUCACCGGGCCAGGGGAGGGCGCCGAGGGAGAGGAGUGGAGGACGCGUUGUUGGAGGAGGAAGUGGGGGAUGAGGAGGAGGAGGAGGAGCAGCAGCACGACUCUGGGGUGGAGCUGCAGGCGGUGUUGGACUCCGACGCCAAAGCGCCGCUUUUGAAUGGGGAGCGGCUGGCGACAUAGCACCAGGCCGGGGGGGGUCGGGGUCAAAGUGAGGGUCCGGCCUGAGUUUAAUGUCUGCGUCUAGAUUUAUACACUGAGAAGAACUGAGCUCACCGAUUGGUGGGAUGUACUUGACCAACACCUGUGGGUCUUUAAA